AAUCAAACAAGAUCACACAUGAAUAUAUUUAGGCAAAUUAAGAGAAGUUGGUGAGUCAAAGUGCUUAGAUGAACAGUUCUAAAUAUCAAAAGUGGACAAAAAAUGUGAGACGGAGGGAGUAAAUGUUAAAAAGCUACACCAAAAAUUCUAAAAAUAAGAGCGGCAGUGCUAUUGGAGCGCAUCAGAUUUUUUCCCCAGUCAAUGAGCUCAUCUGGAGUAAUGUUGGAGGGCCAUAUCAAUUCUUCUCCCCAGUCGAUGAGCCCAACUGGAGUAAUAUUGGAGGGCAUCCCAAAAAAUAGGCAGAUCUGUUCAUCUGCAAUUAAUGGCCGAAUAUGUGAGAAUAUAAUCACUGGUUUCUUGGAUCAAUUGAGGUUCACGUACAGAUUGUGCAAAUGGCUAGCAGAUCACCUGAAGGAAGAUUAUUUUCUACAUGCCAGAGCCUUAGAGAAGGCUGUACUGAGAGCUGUCAAGGAAAGCAGCUUUGGGAGAGAGCAUGUUGUGUCAAGUAUCGUAAAAUUGGGAUUCGGAUUGCUUGAGGGUGUAGAAGAGAAAAGCAGCAAAGAAAUCAAGUAUGAUUGUAUCGCAGGUCCAGUCGAAUUAGGUCUUGAAGUGUUAAAGAGUUUGUUUGAUCAUCAUGAUGGGGUGAGAAAUGAGAUAAUACAGCAAUGCAUUUUACAGAUCCUUUCCCCAAAGCCAGGGGUGAUGCCAAUCAUACGGUUGCUUGGAGAUCUAGUUCAGAGUCAUCCGCAUCCACUGCUACAACGUGCUUCAGAUCUCAAAAAGUUAUUGGAAAAUUUCACAUUCUCAGACUCUGAAAUAUCCUCUUCACUCAUCAAUGUUUUAUGGCCUCUGAUUAAAUGCAGUCGAGAUCUUCAGGAUCAUACCAUACUAGCCUUACAAAAGGCUACUUUUAGGCAAGAAUCUUCUGUUCAUGUUUCUGCGGCUGCUGCUAUUGUUGAAUUAAUUUUAGCAGAACAGCGGUCUGAAAAAAGUGGAUCAGCCUCUCUUCAAAAAUCAAGCAGCGAAGCCUGCAGCUGCCAGAAAACUGAAGUUUAUCAUAUAACUGGGGCUGGCCUUUUUCAGGAGCUUAGUGGUUUACUGCAGAGAUGUCUUUGUCAGCAGGCAAGAGUCAGAGAGAUUGUGUACCAUGGAUUGUUGAAGCUGGUGUUGAUAGAUCCCUUGGUUGCUGAACAUGUUUUGAAUUUCAUCUUGCCCCACUUUCAACGAUUUCUCACUAAGGAUGCGGAGCUGCUUGAGAUUAUCAAUUGUAUUAUAAUUGAGAAUGGCAAAGUCUUUAUUGAAGAGCCAUUUGACUGCCUUCUGUUCUGCACCAGUUGGAUCAUGCAGCUAUUUCAUCAAGUUGCCAGUAAUCCUUCAGAUUCACUGGAUUUGCCUGGCUUCUCUCUUACCCAAGAGAAUGAGGAAGGAAGAACCUUGGGUAGCCGGAGCUUAUCUAAUGGCUUGUUACAAAUCAGGGAUCUCAUCAAAACUGAAAGUCUCUCCGGACACAAAAACACUGAAUCAGUUGAGGUUCACGGACAGGCAUCGUCGUCUUCUCCAUCUCCACAAGCUAUUAGAAGCUGGAAAGAUAUUGUGGUAGCAUGCCGUCCCCUAAACGUCAAGCCGGCUCAGACGCCCCCUCGGCCUUUCCCCGGGAUUCAGGUGGACGGGGUUCCGGAGGAGGCCCGUUUUGUGCUGUCUUUCUCGGAUAACCGCACGUCAGCCUCGGGUCUGAUCAUAGACUGGGCCCCACAUCUAGGUGAGCACGAGAAAGGGCCCCAUAUGUGGGCGGGCUCGAUCUCUGGCAUCGGCUCGGCCUUAUGGCAAUAUGGCCUCCUCCACUUCGGGUCGAACCAGAUGACAGUGAUGGGGAGACACCGACCAGAUGGUAGGAACUGCAUGAUAACGACUAGAUGGAAGAGGCUAGACUAUGAGGAUCAGUGGCUCGGGGGCGAGGAGACCCGCGUGUCCUUCGACAAGCUCAACCAUGGGCACGACGAUCGCCAGGGUGAUCUACGACGGCAGAUCUCAGAGGGCAUGCAAAGGCACGUUGAGGAAUCAGAAACCCCCGACGCGCGCUCGGGGAUGCCUGAGCGUACUAACAGACGAUGGGACAAGCGGACCCAGCAUUGCCAGAGCCCCACGAGGAUCGAGAAGACAAAGCGCUCGGAUCACGGCAUCUCUCGCAUCGUGCGUGAAGUUGCCGAGCUAAAGCACCGUGUAGAGACUGGAGCGCCCUACAGCCAACCGGUCUUAAGGAAGGUGACCCCUUUCAUGCCGAGGGUUAUGUCGAUUCCGCUGUCAAUGAAUUUCCGACCGUGGCAGAUUAAGGCCCACAGUGGAAAGAUAGACCCUCAGGACAACCUUUUGAAGUUCUAUGCCUUCAUGGAGGCAACAACAACGCUGGAUGAGGUCAAAUACCGAUGCUUUCUCGCGACGCUGGAGAGCUUAGCGUACAACUAGUUUAACCGACUCCUGAAGGGGAUCAUGGACGAUUGGGAUGCAUUGGCAGGAAUGUUCCCAACCCAUUUCCUGACCAACCGCAAGCAAAUGUUACUCUACUCCCACCUCCUCAACAUCUGCAUUUGCCAAGGACAGAAGGGAUUCUGGAACUUACCACAAAUGACAACCAUAAAAUUGAGAAAUGUGCUAAAUCUCACACACACAGAGACAAGUUAAGCAGAUCACAAGAAAAUGAUAGGGUAUUAAAUACCGUUUUGGAGGGGCUAGGGAUCAGUCAUAUAAACCCUUUGAACCUAAAAUGGCUAGUGAUAUCAUCGCGUAGCUGAGAUUUAUCAAACACAAUGUCUAGUGGUAGGUCAUCGGUGCCACUCGCGAUUUUCAUUGAACAAACACGGCCAUCUGUUCCAAAUUCAAUGAGGGCAUCAAACUCACAACCCCCCUUGAAUAGUACCUCCACCAGAGAUGCCGAGUGCUGAGGGUCGAAGGGGCACACAUGCCAAAAAGGAAGCAAUUCGGAUAGUGUUACAUCGGACUCAUCUCCCUCAUCUGCCAUUACAAUAUAGUCAAAUCUGCAAACAACUACCACUUCAACAU